GCCUCCCGCAGCCUCACGGCGGCCGCCGCCAUUUGGGCGGGGCGGGCAGCGAGCGGCCGGCACCAUGAUGGCGCAGCGGGCUCUGCCCAACCCCUAUGCGGACUACGAUAAAUCCCUGGCCACUGGCUACUUCGAUGCCGCCGGGCGGCUGACACCUGAGUUCACGCAGCGUCUGAACAACAAAAUAAGGGAGCUGCUCCAGCAGAUGGAGAGGGGCCUCAAGUCUGCUGACCCACAGGACUGCACGGCUUACACUGGCUGGACAGGCAUUGCCUUGCUGUACUUGCACCUCUAUGAUGUGUACGGAGACCCAGCCUACCUCCACGUGGCCCAGGAGUACGUGAAGAAGAGCUUGAGCUGUCUGACGAGACGAUCCAUCACUUUCUUGUGCGGAGACGCUGGGCCUCUGGCAGUGGCUGCUGUCGUCUACCACAAACUGCAGAACCAGAAGCAGUCAGAAGACUGCAUCACUCGUUUGCUCCACCUACACAAGGUUGACCCUCGAGUGCCAGACGAACUGCUGUAUGGCCGCAUGGGCUACCUCUAUGCACUGCUCUUUGUGAACAAGCACUUUGGAGAGGAAAAGAUCCCUCAAAGUCACAUUCAGCAGGUCUGUGAAGCAGUUGUGGCCUCUGGAGAGAGCUUGGCCAAAAGGAGGAAUUUUACAACCAAGAGCCCACUGAUGUACGAGUGGUACCAGGAGUACUACGUCGGGGCGGCCCAUGGCUUGGCUGGGAUUUAUUACUAUCUCAUGCAGCCUGGCCUGGGAGUGAGCCAAGUAAAGCUGCACAACGCAGUCAAACCCAGCGUGGAUUACGUCUGCCAGCUCAAGUUCCCAUCGGGCAAUUACCCUCCCUGCAUCGAUGAUACCAGAGACCUACUCGUCCAUUGGUGCCAUGGGGCACCAGGUGUUAUCUACAUGCUUCUCCAGGCAUACAAGGUGUUUGGGGAACAGCAGUACCUAAAUGAUGCCCUGCAGUGCGCAGAAGUGAUCUGGCAGUACGGGUUACUGAAGAAAGGCUACGGGCUCUGUCAUGGGACGGCUGGCAAUGCCUACGGUUUCCUAGCACUGUACAACCUCACUCAGAACAUGAAAUACUUGUACAGGGCCUGCAAGUUUGCCGAGUGGUGUUUAAGCUAUGGUCAACACGGGUGUCGGACUCCAGAUACGCCGUUCUCGCUCUUUGAAGGAAUGGCUGGAACCAUUUACUUUCUUGCUGACCUGCUGGUGCCAACCAAGGCCAAGUUCCCGGCAUUUGAACUCUAAACCUGAGCUUGGCAGCUCCUUGCCUGAAUCCUUCUGCACUAGGAAGAGCAGUACAAAGCUGCUUUCUCCUCCUUCCAAACUCAUCGUUGUUUACCUAACUGAACAUACAUCCAUCCCUUGGAGGGCACGCUAAGUUCUCUAAUAUUUCUAGUCAUCUCAUUGCGUUGUUUCAGUUUAAAACACAGAAUGCAGGGUUUGCUGGUGUCUCUUGAAAAUGUGGGGCUGCAGUUGGGAGCUGGGGAAAAAUGUACAGUAUUUUGUUGGCUAGAAAGUUUUGCUAUUUUCUGUAUCCCAUUUUCUGGGAGAAAGACUUAUAUUGAAUGUAACUUUGCCUAUUUAAUUUAAUUUUUUUUUCUUUUGUGCUGACAAAUAGUUCCAGGAAGUUGCCUUUGGAAAACAAAAGAUGAAAUACUGAGACCGUUGCCCUGCAAUGCGCUUUUAAGUGUUUUCUUUCUGACCAUCCAUGGAGUAGGUAGUUUAGGAGCUGGGCUGCUCCAUAAGAAGUGAAUAUGAGGGGCUGUGGAGUCUUUAUAUAUGCUUUUUUAAUGUCAGAUUGCAAGUGGUGCAGCUGGAACUGACAAGCCAAAACUUCGUUCAGAAUUUACACCUGUCUGCUUUAUAGGCAAAGGCUCUUAUGUAUAGCUCUUUUGUGCAUUUUUUCCAGUGACAGACGAAUAAAUAAUCCACUAGUUUUUGUGCUUA